AUGGCUAAUAAAAGCAUAAGUGCAAACAACAUAUUAGUUUUAGACAAUGAAACACCGGAAGACGUAGCCAAGGCUAUGAUUAAUAGUGGAAAUCAAAAGGAACCGUUUUACUUGUUCUGUUUGGAUGACGCUUAUCGUCGUAUUCAAUACUUUAAAAAAAUGAUGCCAAGGAUACAAAUAUUUUACGCUAUGAAAGCAAAUGACAGUGAUCAUAUGCUAAAAUUAGCAGCUACUCUAGGAUUAGGAUUCGAUUGUGCAUCGCCUGGAGAAAUAAGCAAAGUACUAAAGCUUAAUAUAUCGCCAUUAAGCAUUAUAUUCGCAGUACCGACUAAAACUCCCGAGUGGAUGAGUUUUGCUCGAGAAUCUGGUAUCAAACAUACAACUUUCGAUACAUCCUAUGAGCUGAAAAAAAUUAAACAGAACUGGCCAGAUGCACGGUAA